GUAGCCUAGUGGUUAGAGCGUUGGACUAGUAACCAGCAGGGAGGGAGCCUAGUGGUUAGAACGUUGGACUAGUAACCAGCAGGUAGCCUAGUGGUUAGAGCGUUGGACUAGUAACCAGCAGGUAGCCUAGUGGUUAGAGUGUUGGACUAGUAACCAGCAGGUAGCCUAGUGGUUAGAGUGUUGGACUAGUAACCAGCAGGCUGACGAGCUGACAAGGUACACAUCUGUCGUUCUGCCCCUAAACAGGCAGUUAACCCACUGUUCCCAGGCCGUCAUUGAAAAUAAGAAUAUGUUCUUAACUGACUUGCCUGGUUAAAUAAAGGUAAAAUUAAAAUUACAGGGAAACACAUGGUGUAAUGGUUCACAUGGUGUGGUAUAUUUAUGUUCUAUAUGUGACAUUGAUAACUUGAUAAUGCACAUCUACAAUACUCUUCCUGUUCUCCCUAAAUAUAAUUUAAACUCCAAAGACAGGGCUUUUUUUUAUUUUAUUUUUAACAAAUGUUCCCCCUGCCGCAGCUGAUCUGCUUUUCCACUGCCACCAUGGCCCAAAAGCUGGUAAUAAUCGACACAGAUGCAGGUAUAGAUGACGCCCAGGCGAUAAUGAUGGCCGCGGCCGCUCCAAGCCUGCAGAUCCUGGGGAUAACAUGCUGCUUCGGGAAUACUGAUGUGGACAACGUCUGUCAGAAUGUGCUGCUGGUGCUGUCUGUCUGUGAACGCACACAGAUUCCAGUGUUCCAGGGUGCUGCCGGUCCCCUGGUGGGGGCCACCAAGACUUUCAGCGACCACUUUGGGACUGACGGGCUGGGAGAUGUGCUGGAGGACAGAGACCCACAGUGGAAGGAGAAGGUCCAGAGAGAACACGCUGUUAAUGCCAUGAUCAGACUGGUAGCUGCCAACCCUAAACAGGUGUCCUUGGUGGCUCUUGGGCCGCUCACCAACCUGGCUCUAGCCAUCCGACUGGACCCUUCUUUCCAACAGAACCUGAAGGAGCUCGUCAUUAUGGGAGGCAACAUGGAGGGUAAAGGGAAUGUAUCUUUAUGUGGAGAGUUUAACUUUGUGAUGGAUCCUGAAUCUGCCUUCAUUGUCCUGGAGGAGUACGUCUGUCCUACACGCAUAGCAUCAUGGGAGUAUUGCUGUAGGAAUAAACUGGAAUGGGAAUUCUUUGAAAAACUGAUUAACGAGGACACGCCUGCUGGUCGCUUCAUGAAGAUGAUCACGUCCAAGUGUUGGGGUUAUUCCAAGGAGGCCCUGCUGAGUAAGAGGGAUGUGUACUUCGGGCCUGGCUUUGUCUCCUACGAUGCUUAUGCAGUGGCAGCGUGUAUAGACAGCUCUGUGGUGACAGAGAGUAUAGAGUGUGCCGUCAGGGUGGAACUACAGGGGGAGCUAUGCAGAGGCAUGAUGGUUCUGGAUCAGAGGGACAAACUGAACAAAAGCCACCGUGUUUCUGUCAUGAAGACCUGUGAUCUGACCAAGUUCAGGCAGUUACUCAUGGCUUCCCUUAAACAACCCUGUAGGCUACGAGACAGACCAACCUGAUGUCGGCCAUGCGUUGUAGAUCACCUGCUGGGUGAUGACAUAGCUGCAAGCAGCAAUGAACGGGGUUCACAGGAUGACAGAAAGGAGACUAGAACAGUUAGUGCUUGUGCUUGCUUUUUUUAUCUAUCUGACAAAAAUAAUGGAAGCAUGAAUGAGGGAUACAAAGUAUAUUGAAAGCAGGUGCGGUUCCUGAGUUAAUUAUCGUCCCAUUCUUCAAUGGGUUUUGAGAAGGAGAGGAUGCAAUUGAGAUUCUCUAGAUCAAACGGAAUGGCGGAUAUGAGGGUUUAAGUGAGACUGCGCAUAACAGCGCCACCCACCGGCCAAUCCGUGCCACUUUUUUUUAACCGUUUCUGUGCUCCAAAUUAGGAAAAAAGUUACCAAUCCAAGCAGGAGUUGUUUGACAGUGUGAAGAAAGAAAUUAAACGAGAUAACAUGUUUCACAGCUUCAACGUAAACCCAUUAUGACUGCUUAUGUUGUGGGGUCACAGACGAUAAGACAAGGCAAUCCCACAGCCUCUAGGGUGGACUGGCCCAGAGUCUGACAGAGACGUAUACCUGUAUGUGUAAGACAUUGUAACUAACACAGACAACACUCAGGCCUUAUUUUCACAUCUGAUUUGUACUGUUUAGUCAAAUAAAAUGCAUUUGAAUGAUUUCA